GAAAAAAGAGAAGCAGGACAGCUGAAGCCACGGACACGGAAUGAGCCGUUGGGAGCCAGGGCUGGAUGCGGAUUGCCAACGCAGGCAGUAGGUGACUGAGAUGGGCGUUCGUCUAGGCUGCUUGAGCGACUCCCCAUGGUGGUGGCCGCUGCUGCUGCUACUCUGCACUGCCCCCCGGUGCCAAGGCCGGCCGUUCGCAACGCCCUUGCCAGCAGUCAACGUGGCAGUGGUGUUCAGCGGCUCGGCCUACCAGCAGGAGAUCAAGGGGCGUCUCAGCAGGGAGAACUUCAUGGACCUGCCCUUGGAGGUGAACCCCAUCACAGUGCUGGUAAACAACACCAACCCUCGGACCCUGCUCACACGCAUCUGUGACACACUGGCGGCCAACCGCGUCCAUGGCGUGGUGUUUGAGGACAAUAUUGGCUCGGAAGCCGUGGCACAGAUCCUGGACUUCAUUGCACUGCAGACGGCCGUGCCCAUCGUGGGCAUCAGCGGGGGCUCCGCCAUGGUCCUGCCACAUAAGGGCGACGGCUCCACGUUCCUCCAGCUGGGAUCCUCCAUCGAGCAGCAGAUCAACGGCAUGUUCAAGGUGAUGGAGGAGUACAACUGGGACAGUUUCGUGGUCAUCACCAGCCUGUACCCGGGCUAUGAGGUCUACGUGGACUAUGUCAAGACCUUCACCGACACCAGCUACUUCAUGUGGGAACUGCAGGACGUGCUGACCUUCGACAUGUCUGCUGACGGCAUGAACGACAUCCGGGCACGGCGCCUGCUGCAGCAGAUCGACGCCCAGGUGCUGCUGGUAUACUGCUCCCAUGAGGAGGCCCAGUACCUGUUCAGUAUGGCCGGAGAGGCCGGCCUGCUGGGGCCUGGCUACAUCUGGAUCCUCCCCAGCCUUGCCGUAGGGAACCCAGACAUGCCCCCACCAAACAGCUUCCCUGUGGGCCUCAUCAGCAUCAUCACCGACCGCUGGCGGAUGAGCCUGAGGAAGAGGGUGCGGGACGGGGUGGCCAUCGUGGUCAAAGGGGUGCAGAGCUUCCGCAAACAGAGGGGCUUCAUCCCCGAGGGCCACAACGACUGCCACAGCCCUGUUAGGGCAUCUUCUAAUGAUACACUAUUCAGGCACAUGUUAAACGUAACAUGGGAACACAACGACUUCUCGUUCAACCCUGAAGGGUACCUGAUCAACCCAGCCAUGGUCAUCAUCACCUUAGACCGGGAGAGACAGUGGGAUAAGGUGGGGAACUAUGAGAUGGGGAUCCUGCAGAUGAGAUACCCGGUGUGGCCUCGCUACGGCACUUAUCUGGAGCCUGUAUCAGAUAACAGACACUUGACUGUGGCCACCCUGGAGGAACGUCCCUUUGUCAUAGUGGAGGCUGUCGACCCCAUGACUGGGACCUGUGUCAGCAACACUGUGCCCUGCCGCCGCCAGUCCAACAAGACAGAGAC